UGGUUCGAACUUGGAUGGCAAAACCAUCGAUAUCUGGGACGUUGCUUCUGGGCAACUAGUAACUACUACAUCCCAACUUGAAGGCCAUAGUGAUGAUAUCAGAUCUAGUGUCUUCUCAUCGGAUGGAUCCAAAAUUGCUUCAGCGUCUGAAGAACAUGACUAUCAGGAUUUGGGAUACUGUUUCUGGUCAGCUACUAGCUAGCCCAUUUGAAGGCCACUAUGCUUCUCUAAAAUGUGUUGCAUUUUCACGAGAUGGAUCUAGGGUUGCUUCAGGUUCAUGGGAUGAGACUGUCAGGAUAUGAGAUUGUGCAUCUGACCGACUGGCUAAUAAUUCAUUUAAAGGGGGUGUAGUUCCUCAAUCCUUUCAAUUGCAUUCUCACCAGAUGGGCGCAGGAUGG